GAUGUAGACAGAGGCUGAUGGGACCCAAUUGUCCUUUACAGGAUACAGUCGCUUCUCCAAUGCAGAAGAACAAGCUAAGCUGGUAACUACAAAAAUCUACCAGGUGAGCAUGGAAGAAUUUCUGGAGCAAAACUGUACAGACCUGCAAAAAUGAACCAACCUCCUACAGCUAUAACAGCAUAUGGCCUCAAUCCCAAUAGCCUGUGGAUGCCAUUGCCACCUUCGUUUGCCAUCUGUCCUCCUGGGCUGGAAUAUUUAACCCAACUUGAUUGGUUAUUAAUCCACCAGAAAUAUGAAAUUCUGGAACUGAUCACCUCUUUUGAAACGGCCAACAAGUACGAAGUGAGAAACAGGCUUGGAGAAAUGGUGUAUUUUGCCACAGAAGAAAACAACUUCUGUGUGAGGAAUUGCCUUGGAUCUUUGCGGCCGUUUACCAUGGUGAUCUCUAACCACGUGGGACAACAGGUCAUCCAUCUCGUGCGACCUUUCCGUUGUGACGGCUGUUGUUGCCCGUGCUGCUUGCAAGAACUGGAAAUCCAGGCCCCACCAGGCUUACCUGUUGGCUACAUCCAGCAGCUGUGGCAUCCCUGUCUGCCCAAAUUUGUAAUCCAGAACGAAGCCCACCGAGAUGUCCUGAAAAUCAUUGGACCUUUCAUCACAUCCGCCUGCUUUGGCAAUGUGGUAUUUGAAGUGACCGCACUAGAUGAAAAGACCAGUGUGGGAAAGAUUUCUAAGCAGUGGGGAGGUAUUCUCCAGGAGUUUUUCACCGACGUGGAUUUCCUUGGAAUUUCAUUCCCGUUAGACCUUGAUGUUAAAAUGAAAGCAGUGAUGCUUGGGGCUGGUUUUCUCCUUGAUUUCAUUUUCUUUGAAGCAGGAGGAAACGAUAACGAACGAUAUUCUGUUUGGUUUUAA